CGAAGAAGACUUUUCUAGGACUACGGAAUUCGACGGCGGGGUGUCGAUUCUACCACGAGAAUGUUAUAGAUCACUUUGAAAACCCUAGAAACGUUGGGUCCUUCAAGAGGGACGAUCCCAACGUUGGCACAGGACGGGUUGGAACAGCUGCCUGCGGGGACUUGAUGGCCCUCCAGAUUAAGGUCGAUGAGUCCGGUCACAUCACUGACGCUCGAUUUAAAACCUUUGGCUGUGCUGCCGCCAUCGCCGCUUCUUCCGUCG